CACAACUUCCUUGUUCCUUCAGUCUAGUGAGCCCAGCAAACACCGCAGUCUGUUAUUCCUGGAGCGCCUAUGCACACAAUGUAAUGUUUAAAGUCUAUUUAUUUAUUCUCUGCCAGGACAACUCUAUGAUCUGAAAAGCAGGAUGAGGAGGAUGAGUGUCUACCCACAACAUGGCACAGCUCUGGAAAACCUGGGACUUACGGCACAUGAAAUCCAGCAGGAAGUUGAAAACAAUACGUCUGAACUGGUAUCAGAUCUGUCAGACCUGUCAGCCGGAGCCAGAUUUCAAGCGAUACGGUCAUUACCUAUGUCAUAUAACGAGAGGAAAGCAAUCAGGAACAGAGUGAACAACAUCAAACUCUCGAAAACCAUCCUCCCCACAGACUGUCGUCAACAGGUGUCUCUAUCUUUCCGCAGGUUUCGUGCCAGCUUGACAUCCGCCAGGCAGCGUUUGGUUGUAUGGCAAGAUACUCUGAAGGAGAUCGGGGGCAGAUUUGGCACUUCUGUCCUGUCCUACUUCUUGUUUCUCAAAUGGCUGCUGAAGUUCAACGUCUUCUCCUUCGUCAUCAACUUCUGCUUCAUCACAAUCCCACAAAUUGUCCAUGCGCCCAAUAUCAGCCAUGUCACAGGCUUCAGAGGACUUGAGCUGCUCACUGGCGUGGGCUAUUUCAACCAGACAGUCUUGUUCUAUGGCGGUUAUGACGGUGAAGUGAUUGUAUCCAAACCAGCCUACAACAUGCAGCUGGCCUACUUUUUCACCAUAGCUGCAUACAUGGUUCUGUGUGGGCUUUCUCUUAUUUACAGCAUGUCCAGAUCCUUUCAGAAGAACUUUGUGCUAGAAACAGGCCCCGUUUCUGGAGGAGCCUGGCGUCUCCUGUGCAGCUGGGAUUUCAGUGUCGUCAAUGAAAAAGCCAUACAGUACAACAAGAACAACCUCGGCAUUCAGCUCAAGGAGUCCUUAUCAGAAAGGCUACAGAUGAAAAACAAAAUCUCUUUGUCUGACAGAAUAAAGCAUCUGUCCCUUAACUUAGUAGCCUGGCUGCUCUGUUUAUUACUUGCCUUAGGCUCCGGUGCAGGCAUCUACUUUCUGGGUACGGAACAGUUGACCUUUAGUUUCAACCAAGAUCCAAAUGAUUUAGUGUCUGAGGCGUCUACUCUGCUUCUGCCCGUGGUUGUGUCGCUUAUCAACCUGAUUGUGCCUCUCCUUUACUCCCUCAUUGGCAAAAUGGAGACUUACUCCAACCCACGGGCUAAGAUCUACAUCAGCAUUGCAAGAAAUAUUAUUCUGAAGAUGUCCCUUCUUGGAAUUCUUUGCUUUUACUGGCUCAAUUUUGUUCCUGACAAAAUCCCAUGUUGGGAGUCCUUUGUAGGACAGAGUGUAUAUCGACUUCUGAUCAUUGACUUCAUAUUCUGUCUGCUUGGCAUUUUCUUUGGAGAAUUCCUACGCAAUGUAAUCGGAACCAUGUGCAUCCAAAGUCUGGGCGUCCCAGAGUUUGACAUUGCGAGGAAUGUACUUGAUCUGAUCUAUGCUCAGACUCUGGCUUGGAUCGGAAUUUACUUCUCCCCUUUACUUCCUGUAAUGCAAGUCCUUAAACUGUUCAUCAUCUUUUACCUAAAAAAGCUCAGUCUCAGUAUGAACUGUCAGCCUCCCAAACACACUGGCAGAGCUGCACAGAUACAGACCGUCUUCAUCGCUCUCCUCUUCUUCCCUUCAUUCGUGGGAGCGCUGUCUAUGGUGGCUUUCACCGUCUGGAGCCUGCAGCCCUCAGAUCAGUGUGGGCCCUUUCAGGGUCUCAAAACCCCCUUCCACACCAUUUUCAAUUGGACUGAUUCAAUUCAGGGCCCUCCUGAAACCCACUGGGUCUGGUGGAUAUUUGAAAACGUCCUAAGAAGUGAACUCUUCUACUAUCUGAUUAGCCUCAUCGUACUAGUUAUCACUUUUUUUCUCUGGCAAAUCACUCAGGGACGGAAACAGCUCAUCAAGUCUCUGCGAGAGCAGAUUGUAAAUGGAGGAAAGGACAAAGCGUUUCUCUUGAACAAACUACAAAAUAUCCAAAGGCAGAGAAGAGAAAUAGCAUCUUACAGUCCUCAGCCUAUCAGGCGCAGUAUGCGGGGGAGUGUUCGGACAGUAGCUCAGGAGUUUGACCAGACGACAUACUACAACCCGAACUGGAUCAACACACUGCCCAUGGAUAUGUGAAACCACAAAUCGAACAAUGCUGUAUAUAUUGAAUUGUAAAUAUUGCAUUAACUAUCAUCUCUACUACAUGGGAAAAGACGUUGUUCGGAAACAUCAAUAGUAAUGAUGCAGGAAUGACUUUUUGUGCUCGUCCAAUAGCCCUGCAAAUUGAAAUGUGGAAAAACAAUAGACAUUGUAGCCAAAAACUAAAAAUCUAAUCUCAAGACUUAAUUUGUGGACAUUUUUUUAAUUAAAUAGUUCCCAAGUUUUAGUAAUA